AUGUUUCCUCUACAACAACCACCGCCUCCAGGACCCUUAGCGCCCGGUCCCGGUCCCCUCGGCGCAACAACACCGCAUUUGUCUUUUUCACAACAUCGAGAUGUUGAUAUCCGCGUCGACGGACCACCGGUUGUAGCUACUAUCCCGCCAUAUCACCGGGUGCGCAUCGGAACCGUUAGCGGUCUCCGUCGUCGUCUUGGUGGCGAGGCAGCUGCUGGUGCGGAUAUCCGUCCCGAUUACUUUGUCGACCCACGAGUAGGCACCGAACUCCACGAUACUGUCGACGCCGAAGACACUUUGGAACCACAACCAUUCGAAAGCUUUCCUCACGUCGUCGACGUCGACCCGCCUGCCCUGGCCGGAACCGUUGUUUCAAUCACGAUGGCUCCCGCAUCUCAACCAACGUCAACACCACAACCAACUUCUCCCACCUCGGCGUCUCCGAUGUCUCAACAAACAGACAACAACACCGAAUGCCGCCUUCUCGGCUCCUUCGCCAUCCUCGUCCAAAUCGCCCUCGGAUGCUUGGCCAUAUCUUCCCUAGUUUACAAACGCUGGCGCGAACGACCACAGAGACCAGUGAAGAUUUGGUUCUUUGACGUGUCGAAACAAGUAUUUGGGAGCGUGUUGGUGCACGCCGCCAACGUGUUCAUGUCGAUGUUGACGAGCGGAAAGUUUGAGAUUAAAGUGGUGGAUCCGGUGGCCGCGGCAGUGGGUACGAAGAUGGUGAGGAGAGCGUUGGAAUACGGGAUAUUAAGUGCGAGGGGAGGUUCGGAAGACGAGUACACGCCUAAUCCGUGCUCGUUUUAUUUGUUGAAUCUGGCUAUUGAUACAACACUCGGCAUCCCAAUCCUCAUCCUCCUAGUCCGCCUCAUCUCCCGCGGCCUGACUUACACCCGCCUCGGCCAACCUCCCGAGUCCCUCCAAUCCGGCAACUACACCCCGCUCGACUCACCACCGGGCACCAAGCCCCGCUGGGGCUGGUGGUUCAAGCAAUCCAUCAUCUACUUCAUCGGUCUUUUGGGGAUGAAGUUUUUCGUUCUCAUUAUCUUCAUGGUCUUCCCCUGGAUUUCUCGCAUCGGCGACUGGGCUCUCGGCUGGACCGAGGGCAACGAGCGUCUGCAGAUUGCUUUCGUCAUGAUGAUCUUCCCGCUCAUAAUGAACGCGCUGCAGUAUUAUAUUAUCGAUUCUUAUAUCAAGAAGCAAGAGUCGAUUCCGGAGGAUGGGGCGGAGAGUGAGGGACUUGUGACCGGAAGGGGGGAUGCGGAGGCUGCGAACCCCCAAGAGAGGGACGGGAGGGGAAGCGUUUACAGUGUUAUCAGUGGGAGUGAUGCUGGUAGCAGCUCGGGGGAUGAUAGUGAUGAUGAGGGGGAGUUGCCCAAGGAUAAGGUUACCAAGGGUGGUAAGAGUGGUAGGACCGGUAAGGGGGUUAAAGGGGGUGUCAAGACUAAAGUGAGAGAGACCCCCGCAGGGGAGGAGGAAUAUGAUCCUGCGGUGGAUGGGGAUACCCCGACUGUCAUCGGGAGCAGCUCUAGUGCGGUGUCUGGUAUAACGGGCGGGAGUAUAAGAGAGGAAAGGCUUAAGGAGUCGGAUUCGUUGAUCUCUCAUGACUGA